AUGCUCGAUGUGCACAUGCGCAAGCUGCAGCUUCGCAUGGAGCAGAUCGGCUUUGACGAUGUGCGGCCGGAUCGCCUGCUCAAGUUUGACGACGCGGCGCUGGUGGCGGCCGAGUACAACCGCGUGGCCGUCGCCAACGAGGAGGCCGCAUUUGACAUCUUUCCGCGCCCUCAGGUAAGUGAGGACGAGCGCGCUUCGCUCCCCUUGCGCCCGCCGGUCGUGACGAUCAUGGGCCAUGUCGACCAUGGGAAGACGACGCUGCUCGAUACGCUGCGCUCUACGUCCGUUGCGCAGGGCGAGGCGGGUGGCAUUACGCAGCACAUCGGUGCGUUCAGUGUGCCCGUGAAACACGCGCCUGGGGCGAUCCAAACGGUGACGUUCGUCGAUACGCCGGGGCAUGCGGCGUUCUCUAUGAUGCGCAGCCGCGGCACGUCCGUCACGGACCUGGUCGUGCUCGUUGUGGCGGCGGACGACAGUGUGAUGCCCCAGACGCGCGAGGUCAUCUCGCUCGUGCGCGACGCGGAGCGUCCCGUGCCGAUGGUCGUGGCCAUCACGAAGGUCGAUGUGCCGACGGCCGAUGCUCAAAAGGUGCGCUACGAUCUGAUGGCCGAGGGCGUCGAGGUCGAGGACCUCGGCGGCGACGUGCCGUGCGUCGAGAUCAGCGCGAAGAAAAAGAUCGGUCUCGACACGCUGGAAGAGACGCUGGCCGUGCUCGCGGAGAUGGCCGACCUGCGGGCCGAGACGACGGGGCUCACCGAGGGACGCAUCCUCGAGAGCCGCGUGGAGAAGGGGCGCGGCAACGUGGCCACCGUCCUGGUCCAGCGCGGCGCGCUGCAGCCGGGCGACGUGCUGAUCUGCGGCACGACAUGGGCCAAGGUGCGCCAGCUGCUCCAGCCCGACGGGCGCGCCACAAAGAAGGUGCUGCCCGGCUUUGCUGCGCAGGUCGCUGGCUGGCGCGAGCUUCCGCAGGCUGGCGACGAGAUGCUGGGCGUCGCGGACGAGGCGCAGUGCAAGCGCGCGAUUGAGAACCGCAAGCGCGCGAAGGAGGCGCAGGCGCUCCUGCUGGACGCCGAGCAGAUUGACCAGGAGCGGCGGCGCAAGGCCGAGGAGGACGCUCAGCGCGAGCGCGACGCACAAAAGACACGCCGCCAGCUCACGAUGCUGCAGCGCGCUGAGCAGGAGGGCACCCUGGACGCAGACGCUGUGGCGGCGGCCGUGCGUGAGGAGCGCCUGCGUGCGGACGACGGUGCCUCUGCGCCUGCGCCUGAGCGGCGCAAGCUGUGCCUGAUUCUCAAGGCCGACGUCUCAGGCACGGUCGAGGCGCUCGCCGGCGCCGUCGGCAGCAUCGGCAAUGCACUCGCGGGCGUGCACAUUGUGGCACAAGGCGUCGGCGACGUGACCGAGAGCGACGUCAACACAGCGCAUGCCGUCGGCGCGCACAUCAUCGGCUUCCACGUGCAGGCGCCCAAGAGCGUGCAGGCGCUCGCCGCGCGUGUGCAGCCGCCGGUGCCGGUGCACUGCGACCGCGUGAUCUACCAGAUCAUGGACCACGUCGCAUCCCGUGUAGCCGAGCUCCUGCCGCCGCGCGAGGAGAUGCGCGUGCUUGGCGAGGCACAGGUCGCGCAGCUCUUCCAGAUCAAGCAGGGCGCGCGCGCGUCCAAGACCAUUGCCGGGUGCCGCGUAACGAACGGGCUCGUGAGCCGCGCGAAUGAGGUGCGUGUCCUGCGGGGCAAGGAUCGUCGCGAAGUCUUCCGCGGGCGCCUCGAUACGCUGCGCCACGUCAAGAAGGACGUCACAGAGAUGCGCAAGGGCACCGAGUGCGGCAUGGCCCUCGACGGGUUCGAUCAGGUGGAGGUGGGCGAUGUCGUGCAGUGCUUUACGACGGUGGAGGUCGCAGCGACCCUGUAG